AUGGUCUUGUAUGACUCUAAGGUUGUCCCUGAGCUAGGGACGUUCGCCAAUCCCAUAUUGAUCGAAGAUGAUUUUGCUCUGCUGGACUCGUCUUCUGAUCCCAACGUGAUCAAGGUUGACGAGGGUUGGCGGUGCGAUGAGCCAGACCAUCUUGAUUCCGAUGCCGACACUGAGAUAAUGACCACGCCGGAAUUCUGGGGGUCGUUGACUGGUGGAAACUUCAACUAUCCGGAGAAGCAUGAAGCAGCUCUCGAUUCGUCGCCCAUCCAUGCGUCCACCAGAUCGAUAGACAGUGAGAAUCUGGAAGGCCUUCAGUCAGUUGAACAGCUUGGAUCAAACCAUCAAGGGUUGAAAGUCGCUCAGAAUUCAGUUGACGACCCCUUUGGGGCUGCAACGAGAGAGAGCGUUGCGGAUGACCACAAAGGAAGCGAGCAGAGCACGAAGCAAGGCAAAGUUUCUAAGACCGAGGAACUAAAGGACGAUCGCAGUGUUACCAAUACUUUCUCGAUAACCCGCAACGGGUUUCCAGAAGAGACAUUAUUCACCGACAACCCCUCUUGGAAAAACCUCUCAUAUAGUCCCUAUGAUAUGGGAUCUAUGACCCACAGAUUACCGCAUGAAACAGCAGAUAAUAUCAACCGAGCCAAGCCUUUGGGCAAAGCGGUGUUGGCCUGGGAUUCUCCCAUGUCUACUGCCAUCGGCGAUGAACUAGCCGAGAUACACAAUCACAUGGAGCACUGUCGGAAUACCGAUUGUUUACAAGCGAAAGCUUUUUUUGAUGGAAUCCAGUCUCCUCGUGAGUGA